CCGUCGCCGUCUUUCCUCUCCCCACCGCACCGCACUACGAAGAGACAGGCAUGUCGUUGGACUAAUGCUUCUUAUGAAAAGGGCUUUCUCAUUGCUCCUACUUAUUAAUUAUAAUCGAGUUAUCUGUGAUCUCUGAUCUGAUCCUUGUUGUGUGGUCUCGGAGAGGUCAAACCGCUCCCGACGCGUUCUCCAACCCAGCCACCCAUCAAAACACGUUUGCUAGACACUGCUGUGCUUAGCAACCACUGCUGAAUCUUUGUCUUACAGUCUCCAGGCACCGUUCUAUUCAGCAUGUCGCGCGAUCACUCUCGUCUACUUGAAGCCACCACGUCCAGUUUCAACUCUUUUGGGAAUACCACAGUGUCAGACUUUGACCCGGAAGGCGAGGCUAUCGCGUCAACCAGAAAGCUUGACGAUAGCUACAGACUACCCGAAUUCCAGACUAGUGUGAAAAGACAACUGCAGCAGCAGCAGCAGCAGCCAGUGGAAGAACCCGACUACGCGAUCGACACGUCGGCUCUCGAGCGCGCCUUUCCAAAUUUCUCUCCCGUACACACAUCCGAGGAGGAAGAGGAGGACGACCUUUCGAUCGAAGUGGGACGCGGUGCCAACAAACCGGCGCGUCGACUCGACGAUUCGCGGAAUUCGAUGAUGAGUUUCGAAAACAGCGUACGCUCCUCGUCUCCCGCCGUGAGACUGGACCAUAUCACUUCCAACACGCCGCUGAAAUCAGCGGUGCGUGGCACUACACGGCGAGCUGUAAGCGAGAACCUCAGAAAGGACGCGCAGCUUCGACGAGCGAACCUUGCGCAGAAAGAGGCGUUGGACCAGCAGUAUUCCAAGACUUCUCGCAAGGACCAGCGACGAACCCUCUCCGAGAUGCACGCUAGGGUUCGCGAUACCUACGACGGAUCAUUUAUUGCAGAUGAACGGCCUGCAGAGAUCCCCGUCAAUGCGCGUCCCACGCGUUUCACUCGGAAUGAUCUCUCUAACCAGAUUGCUGAUGCUGUCGAGAGAGCCUCCCAGGAAGCAUACGCGAAAGAAGUCCGUCAGGCAAAACUAGCCGCCAGUGGUCGCAGCCAGAACGGCAAUGGCACGUACACCUCGAACAUGCUCGCAGAUACCCUGACGCAUCAGUCAUUUCUCCUUCCCGACCUCCCCAACCUCUCGGAACUGGUCUCGGGUGUGUAUGAAGAUGGCACCCCUGUUUAUUCCCGCCAGAAAACUCGCCCUACCCGUUUUGUUUCGGCCAAUGCUGGCGAUACAACUUGGACCCGGGAUCACCUGCCUCUGGAUGCGGUCCCCAUCCCUGAAGACGAAAAGGCGCUGUUCGUCUCCUUGAGGCUUUUACAGGAUAAAGUUGCCGAGCUGGAGAUGGCCAAGGCCGAGGCUGAGAGGAAGAUCGAGGAGAUGCGCCAGGAAAAUGCAUCUUUGAAGACAGAUAGGUCACGCCAUAGAGACAAAAACGAACGAAUGAGACAUCAUGACGCAGGAGAAGACCGUCCUAGGAGAGACGGUAGUAGAAUUGAGAAUGAAAAUAAGAAGCUGGAGUCAUCAAAUUUGGCUUUGCAGAACAGAGUGGAUAUCCUCGAGCGCAAGUCCGAAGUACAGGAAGCCGCGCUGAAAAGGCUUACUCGAGAACGGGACAUGGCCGUUUCUCAACUCGGUAUUGCAUACCUCGAUUCCCAGGAGCUCAAAGAGGAGAAUGAGACUCUCAAACAAGAAAAUUUGGAACUUAAAGACCAACUUUCCAGAUUCCUCUCGCUUCCCAGGAAGAAGCGUGAAGAUACCAUGCGCUCGGAGCGGACUGCAGUCAGCAGUGACCCGGAUGCAGAGGAUAGCCAAUCGUAUACCCAACGCAGUGCGGAUAUGAGCCGAACAACAGGAGAUGUGACUUCAAAGAGUGCCCGUUCGCGCUCCAAGUCUAAGCAAGAUGAAUCUAGAGCGAAGAUCCUCAGCCAAGUGGACAAGGAGAUCUCUCGAUUGGAAAAAGAGCGCGCAGAGGAGGCCCUCUUCUCCAUUGACUUGCCUCGCGCAGCUCGUAUGUCUGCUCUGAAGGCAGAAGACACAGGUAGUCGUUCAAAGAAAGACACCGUUUCUAGAAAACAGUCCAGUUCUGGGAAACGGCGGACCAAGAGGGUCAUUGUUGAGGAGGUGGAUGCAACUUCUAGCGAACAGGACCUAACGCUCCUGAGCUUCGUGGAUGAACGUGAAAUCGCCCAGCUGCGAAAGACCCUCGAAGAAGAGAGACUUGCGAGGAAACAGCGCCAAACCGUUUCCCUUAAGGACCGUAUCACCAACGACACCCUCAAUACGACACGCCAAAGUAACUCGAAGGUCGCUGUGCCCCGAAAAUCAUCUCUGAAAGAGACUAAAUAUGUCCCCCCCCGACCUGCUUCGGUGGCAGGUGACUUGACCGCAAACACCAAGGCCAGCGCGAACGAAGAAGAUAACAGCCUGUCUGUGCCCAUAGAACGACCAAGGCGCCAUUCGGACCAUGCAGUUCUUUCAUCUCAGAAAAAGCGACGCCAAAACAUCAAUGAUAUGACUUCAGCGUUCAUUCUACCUGACAUCACCCUCCGGUUUGCGGACCUGGCGGUAGAAAAUCAGACCAAGCUUUCUGAAUCGGCGCAAAAAGCACUGGAUGCUGUCUCGAAACACGAUGGAAAGAACUGCACCGUUUGCAAGCGCUGUAUUCCCGACGAGGGUGAAUGUGACCAUAGCCAUGAGAUCGUGAAGGUCCCCAAGCCUGUGCCGGUUUCCGAUCGCAUGCCUGAACUCUCUGCCGACAACGAGGAGCAUACCAUGAGACCGUCUCAGCCACCAGCUGUCGCACUAGCGACUGUCAUCAAGGCGUUGGAAGAUGAACUUUCGCACUUGAAAAUGCAGCUUGCCGCUUACCAAGCCGCAUAUAACAAACUGGACGCUUCGCUCAACAAACGGAAGAGAAAGUCGUUGCAGGAGAAGCUGGAGAAGCUGCUAAAAGAGGUAGACAUGAAAUACGAUCAGAUCUACGCUCUUUACGACGUUCUUGAAGGCCAGAAGCAAGCUGGUCAUGAGAUGACCGAGCAAGAGAUGGAACUCACUCUUCAGUCCGUCGGAAUCGAUGUCUCAGCCGCCAAAAUAGCGGAUGUGACUGCCACGACGGAUAAGUCUUCCAAUAAAAAUCUAGACACUGAUUAUGAUGAGGAUGAAGACGAAGACCUGCCGUGGGAAGGAAUCGAGAGCACUGUUGAGAUCACUGGCCGCAUUUAGUUCAGCAAGCGAAACGCCUUACUUUCGUCUUUUCUUUCUGUAUUCUCUUUUGGCUUUCUGGUUUGCAGUCUUUGAUCUCGUUUCUACGGGUUAAUGCGAAGCUGCGGAGUUCGAAUCCUUAUCCUCUUCUCUUUCUCUCUCUUUCUCUUCUCUCGAACUAGCCAACAAACUUGGUUCUCGGCUUGGGUUCUAGACUGACCUCCUUCGGUUGAGGUGUAUGUCCCCAGACCUUGAGGAUCUGUUGUUGGAAUCUUGUGGGAUUUGGGUUGAUUAUCUCUGGCCACUGUAGUGUCUCCAGAUGAGGGUUCUCAAAUCUUGCUUUUGCCGUUUGGCAGUGUGUUGUACACUUGGUUUCUUACUGUUUUCGGAAGGCAUAUC